AUGGAUUUGCAGGAGCCGGGAUCCCUCAUCCAGCGGCCCCGACGAGGAUCUGAAAAGGUCUCACUGGGGACAGGCGGGUCCCUGAGACCCCUCACGGCCAGGACGGACGUGCUGAGACUGAGCCCCCGCGUUCAAAGCGGAAAUCCCCGGCGGAGGAGGCGUGGGCGGGAAAGGGGACGGCCUGAGGCGGGCAGCCGCUGCUCGGCUUCGCUCGGCACGGAUCGGUUUAGCUCAGCACGGCUGGUCCGGCAGAUGAAGCCGCGAGGGUACGGAUUUCUGUUACUGCUCCUUCUUAUCCUGAAAGCUGUUGCUGCACUGGAGAAGAAGAACAUCAUCAGUAAACUUGGAGACAACGUCACACUAAGUUGCAUUUAUAAUGAAAAGAAACCCUUGCAAUUAAAAAAUCUCCGGGUCUAUUGGCAAAUAGCUGAUGAUUCCUAUCAAGAAAAGUGUUCAGUUGUACAUGCACUGAUCUCUGGCCAAGAUGAUAACAGUAAUCAGUGUAUUCACUUUAAAGACAGGACUCAGUUAUUCUGGGAUAGGUUGGAAAAUGGUGAUUUUUCUCUGCUAUUGCGAAAUGUCAGCCAGAGCGAUGAACAUACAUACAAAUGCAUAGUGCAGGAGAAAACUGAACUUCCCAAAGUGAUUCACCAGGCAGAAGUGGUUCUCAGCUUAGCAGCGAGUUACAGCCAACCAAUACUCAGUGGACCAAUAGGAAACAGUGACAGAACUGGAGAGGAGGUGACCUUUCAGUGCAGGUCUGGCAAUGGAUACCCAAAGCCCAACGUUUACUGGAUCAAUAAAGCGAACAACAGUCGCCUGCGUCCCUCACAAACAGACAUCAUACCCCACGACGAUGGCACCUUCAGUGUUCACAGCACACUGAAGGUGACAGCCACUUCUAACAUGCAAAUAGAGUGCUCCAUAGAAAAUGAGAUGCUGCAGGAAAAUCUAUCAGCCAACUACACACAGCAGAAGAAAAUCAGUGGUCCUGGCACAGAAAGUGACAAAAAAACAGAGAAAAAAGGACGAGGUGCUCAAGCAGCUGGCAUCAUUGGCAUUGUCUUUGUGAUAGGUCUUCUAACUGGUUUAAUCUGCUGGCUGUGGAGAAGGAGGUCCUCUAAUCUAGUGUCCUAUAAAGAUGUCCAGCAAACAGAAGACCAAGGAGGACACAGCUCACCUGUCUAAAUGGAAGGUCUGCCAACAAUUUGGGCAGCUGGAGAUGUGUCAAGAGAAGCAUCACUCCCUCAGUGGCAGCAUUGUUUGUAAUACAAGUGACAGACUUCUGCCAAGAGAGAUGGCAAAGGAAAAAAAUGAAAAGCUUCUAGAGGACAAGAGAGAUAAAAAUCUGCAGGAUUUUCAUUCCAGACACUGACUGUGUCCACAGAACAGUUGUGUCACCACUCCAGCUCAGCACUUUGGACAGUCCCCUGUGAUUGUCAGUGAUUUGGGCAGCUGUACUGAGGAAAGCAGAAAUCCUGGACUCAACUGCUCUGUGCCAGACCACUGGGAGCUGGAGACUGUCCAGUCUCUCAUCAGGAUCCUUGAGGACUCUCAGGAGCAGAAGCAGCACCUUCAGGAGCAUGGGAUGUGCUUGCUGUCACCUUACCCUGAGGAUGGCUACAUGUGAAAGAAAGGCAGCUAAAACAAAGAAAGAAAACUGAAGGGCUCUGCAGAGUGAGAUUUGUGACUUCUUCCAUGUUUCUCUCUCUCUAGAGUACAAUCCUUUCAUUGAUUCUUUUCACCAGCUGCUGCUGUGUACAGAACCAGGCAGAGCACCCAGUCCUCCAAAAACUGGAAUUUCUCUAUGGGGUCAAAUUCUGAAUUUGUUAUCAAAAGGGAAGGUGCCUUCUUUAAGCCUUGAUAGCAAUAUUUUGGUUUUUACCAAAUAUUCCACCAAAAAGGGGACUUCCACUUUGAACAGGAGCCAGCUGUGAGAAAAAACAAGCUGUAGAAAUCAGAAUUAAACAUAGUGCUCUCUGCUAUGUGAAUGUCAUGUUACCUGGACUUACCCUUCUCAGCAUGGAACAAAAACUGUGGUUGAGCUCUGCUUGAUUCAACUGAAUCUUUAUUUAAGCACCUUCCUGUGGCUUCUAGGGAGGAUUUUAAACUGAAGGUUUUAAACUAAACUAAACUUGUGCUUUUGUCUCAUCCUUGCACACACCCAACAAAACAAAAAAAGAACAAAAACCAAAUUCUAUCAGUGUGUUGUCCAUGAAUGUCCAGAAAGCCAAGAGCUGCAUUUUCCUUGUGCCACUGCAUGUGCCUUGCUGUUUCAGCCCCAAGUCAGCCAAACUGGCUGCCUGAAAAUA